UUUGUUGUUAAAUUGUAUAAUAUUUUAAUAAAACAUGACAGAGCAACAGAUGGAUUGUGCAUUAGACUUAAUGCGCCGGCUGCCGCCCCAACAAAUCGAGAAAAAUCUAACUGAUUUAAUUGACCUAGUCCCGAGUCUUUGCGAAGACUUGUUGUCGUCUGUAGACCAACCCUUGAAGAUUGCUCAAGACCGAAGCAACGGGAAAGAUUAUCUUCUUUGCGAUUACAACCGCGAUGGAGACUCGUACCGUUCGCCAUGGUCUAACACAUAUGAUCCGCCACUUGAAGAUGGUUCAAUGCCUUCAGAACGUUUGAGGAAGCUGGAAAUUGAUGCUAAUCAUGCAUUUGAUCAAUAUCGUGAGAUGUAUUUUGAGGGCGGAGUUAGCUCUGUGUAUUUAUGGGACAUGGAUCAUGGUUUUGCAGGUGUGAUACUUAUAAAGAAAGCUGGCGAUGGCUCUCAAAAAAUAAAAGGUUGCUGGGACUCAAUCCAUGUUGUGGAAGUAGUGGAGAAGAGUUCAGGCAGGAAUGCCCAUUACAAGCUGACCUCAACUGCUAUGUUGUGGCUGCAGACUAAUAAGGAAGGCAGCGGCACUAUGAAUCUAGGAGGAAGCUUAACCAGACAGGCUGAACAAGACUCUGCAGUGAGUGACAUCACCCCACACAUUGCUAACAUUGGUCGCAUGGUUGAGGACAUGGAGAACAAGAUCAGAAAUACACUCAAUGAUAUUUAUUUUGGUAAGACAAAAGACAUAGUGAACGGUCUGAGGUCGGUGGUGCCUGCGGAUGUUGCUCGAAAGACAGCAGCGCUGCAACAUGACCUCGCCCUCGCGCUUCAGCGACGCAACGUUGUGCGCGCCGACUGAGCACCUCACAUUGCAUAUAGAUGAGAUGGAGAUAUUAGAUGAGUAUUAGCAACGACAACAAAAAUAUUUGGGAAGUCAAAGUAGCCUGGAUACAGAAUGUGAGAAAAAAAAUAAGAAUUAUUAAGGGUAAGAAAAGACAUAAUUUGUUUGAUGUUUAAUGCAUCAUAUAUGGUGCUUUUAAUUAAUAAUCUGUAUAAUUUGAUUUUUUUUAUUAUGUGAUGUAAG